ACUCCCUUGGUUCCCAACGUUCACCAAAAGAGCUGUUCGUUCACGAACGACCAGCCAUCCAAGGCUCUCUCUUUCUCUACUGCUAUUAUGGGUCGCAUGCACGCUCCCGGAAAGGGCUUGUCCCAGUCGGCGCUGCCUUACAGGCGAAGUGUCCCCACUUGGCUGAAGCUGACAUCUGAUGAUGUCAAGGAACAGAUCUUCAAGCUGGCCAAGAAGGGAUUGACCCCAUCUCAGAUUGGUGUCAUUCUGAGGGACUCCCACGGUGUGGCCCAGGUGCGGUUUGUCACCGGGAACAAGAUUCUGAGGAUCCUCAAGACCAAGGGCCUGGCCCCAGAUCUUCCCGAGGACCUGUACCACCUCAUCAAGAAGGCUGUGGCUGUCAGGAAGCAUCUGGAGAGGAACAGAAAGGACAAAGAUGCCAAGUUCCGCCUGAUUCUCACCGAGAGCAGGAUCCACAGACUGGCCCGUUACUACAAGACCAAGAGAGUACUUGCUCCCAACUGGAAGUACGAGUCCUCGACAGCUUCUGCUUUGGUGGCAUAAUCAUCAUCAAGUUUUGGAUAAAUAAAUAAUUGGGAUUCAAAUA